ACAGUACCAGGGUCUCUUUGAUGACACGACGACGGAUCGACGAACGGUGACACCAGGAGCCGAGUUCAUGGGAGAAAAUGUGGAGCUGCAAGGGUACCUAGGAGAGCCUUUGGUGCGCGGGAGGAAUUUAUACAAUCGGGUUCUCGGAACUCUUCUUGCAAGAACAAGGCAAGCCAUUGUGCAAAAGCAACUGAGCAUUGUCAGUAAUAUGAAGAAGAGUCCCCCAAAGGUGGAACUUAUUGCUUUUGAUACAGUCCGCCUAUACCUCAGCUAUUCGUUUCGCUUAGCAGCACCUCGUCUGUUGCCAGAAAUCCCAUUACCUAAUCAAAAUGGAGCUACUGCAUUUGGUUCUGGGUCAGGUCUCCCUCUCAAGAUUGAUCUAGUUUCAGACUACAAGCUGGAUCCCAAUUCCGGCCAAGUGACUGUUCACAAACUGGUGGAAACGAAAGUCAAUGGUCAACUCACUCCAGGUGAUAUGCUGUCUCGCUGGAUACAGCGAUUUUUGAAGUUGGAGAGUAGUAGUGUUGGGACAUCCAAUGGUGCCAGUGACGAGUUCUUCCAGACGUUUGUUGACGCAGUUUCAUGGUUUCGUACAUUUCGGCCUCCCGACCGAUAA